AUGUCAAGCUUCAAAGGCAAUGCCCUUAGGGGCACUUUCUUCCUGGUCUUUGGGCUCGGGUGGUCUGUGAAAUACCCACUAAAAUACUUGAGCCGGACGCUGAAUGCAGACAGUCAGGCAAGCCGCUGGAUCCAAAAACUGGAUAUCCUCGAAGGGGCAGCCAAAGCUUUCCUUGCUGUAGCAGGGAUGCUGGCUGAGCAGUUUGUCCCCGACGGCCCCCACAUGGGUCUCUACAGUGGGGAGACCCACAGCUGGGAGAAGCUGACUAACUGGCAGUACAUGACCAUGUACCUCUUUUAUGGCCUCUCGGGCAUUGUGGAUGUUCUCUCCUAUUCCCCGCUCAAGCUGUCUCUGGGACUGGAUCGCCUCUUGCUGUCUGUGGCUAUGUUUACUGAAGGUUUCUUGUUCUGUUUCCAUGACUACAGUAAUACUGCUCUGGAUCAGCACCUCCACUCCUUGCUGCUCAUCGCUAUAUUUGGCGGAGCCUUUUGUGCCCUGAUGGAAGUGUUCCUGCGGGAUCACACCAUCCUGGAGUUCUUCAGAACCAGUUUUUUCAUUCUCCAGGGAUCCUGGUUCUGGCAGAUUGGGUUUCUGCUGUACCCACCUUGGGGUGGGCCAGCCUGGGACCGCACUGACCAUGGAAACAUCAUGUUCAUCACCAUGUGCUUCAGCUGGCACUAUGUGGGUGCUCUCCUCCUCGUUGCCACAAACUACGCCAUUGUUUACUGGUAUGUGGUGAGGCUAGGCCGGGGAAGAAUUGUUGGAUGUGUGUAUAUUACAGAAACUAGCCAGGGUUUGUGACAGUGAGCCACAAUAGGUAGAAAGCUCUCUAAAUUCCCUUAGACCGGUACAGCGAGAGCGGUUAGCUGAGUUCCGUAUCUUUGCUGGAUGCAAGGCAACAAAAUACGUAGAUUUGGGCAUUAUUUGAGGGUAGCUGCUUAUUGAAAAUCUGAGGGCAAUCUGAAAAAGCAAGCCAGAAGAUACAAAACUUGCAAGAAGAGCGGGGAAUAGCAUUGAUUUACUGCUGCUGAAAGCAUACAUCCCAGUUGCUGUCUUCUCUAGGUCAUCCAGUUAUUUACAAAUUGUACAAAACGUCCUGUUAACCUUGAACAGAGAUGGACAAAUCUGCACCUCGGCAGUUCCACAUACAGAAAUCACUGAUUCUAAUGUUAUGGUCAAGAAACAGUUCCCUCCUCUUAGCCUUGCUCUCUGUAUUUAGUCAUUGCUCAAGCCUGUCUCAGAAGAUCCCCCAUCCCUAUUUCAGAUCCUUCUGGCCUACAUUUACUACUUCAAGGUAGCUUUGAUGUCUUCAAGCACCUCAGCUUCUUUUCCCGUCUUUUUUUCAAUGGAAAUACCAAUGCAUUUUCUGUCCUUGAAAAUCUUCUCCUUACUCCCAACUAUAGCUGAGUGAAAAAUUGUUUGUUUAUUUUAGUUCAGUUGCUGAGCUGAAAAAAAUACUGUUUAGCUUCUAACUGAAAGUGAAGGUUUUUAGUUUUUCUUGCCAAACGGAGAAAACAAAAACAAACAAAUUGUUUGGUCAAAUGAAAUGUUUUGAAUGUGAAUUCAAAUUGCCAUUUCAUUUUAAAGUCAUUUUUUAAAAAAUGACAAAAUGGUUUAUUUAAAAACUGGAGAUGCUUUUUCCAGAUUUUUUUUUCUAACCAAAACUAUUUGCCAGAUUUGACCUAAAUUCAGAUAAUUUUGGUGCCCUGAAAAAUGCAUUCUUUGGCAAAUUUAGUAUGCACUGAAAUUUUUUUGCCUUUCUCUACUCCUGUUAUUGGUGCUGCUGUUUAAGAGGUAGCUGAUUUGGGGGCUUUCAGAUACAUCUGUAGCACCUCUUGCUGCAUCUUGACAUAUUAGGCCACUUGGGUGCCUAAAUAUGCAAUUCAGUGUCUAACUUGAAGCCUCUAUGUGUGAAAAUUUUGUCCAAUAUUCAGCAUGAAUUUAAGCCCCUUUUUUGAGGCUCAGUACUGCAAGGUGCUGAGCUCACUGGCUCCGCCCAGUAAAACAUUUUAAGCACAUGCUCAGCAUUAAGCAUGUGAGAGUAAUCUGAUCAAAAUCAAUGGAAUAUUUAUGGCCUUAAAGUUGGUCACAUGCCUAAAUGUUUCAUUGGAUGCAGCCAGAGUACUCAGCAGUUGGCAGGAUCCAAUCCCUGGUUAAUGAAUAAUUCAUGAACUAGGUGUGCUGUAUUGAGGACUGUGCUGGAAUUGCAAGCGAUCCCUGUCGGAGCAUCAGCGGUGAGGGGUGUUCUAGGCCCUCCUUGCAGGGUAGAAGAUUCUAUAGCAAAGCAGAACAGAAGAGUCAGUUUGAAGAGAGCUCACUUAAAGCAAGGUGGGGUGAGUUGUGCCUCCCUGUGGUAGGGAGCAACCUGUUUUUCUUUCCUUCUGUUUUUAGAUUCUUGCAUGUUGUUGUUGUUCUCAAUUCUAGGAAAUAAAGUAGUGUUAAGUUGCAACCUUCCAGGAAGAGUAUAAUUGGGUUUUUUAAAAUCUAAUUCUCUGUGUGUGUGCCAAAACAUAACACUGAGCCUCUUCUGUCAGAAUAUAUUUAGACUUGGAAGGAUUAGAUAUUUAUCAGUAAAAGUUGAUUUCACUACACACAUACAAACUGAUGGGGGAAAAGCAGUUUCAUCAAGGAUGACUGAAGUUUACAGAGAGGUAAACUAAGAAAAAUACUGCUUGAAAACUGAUUAGAGUUUGAUUUAAGGAUAUUUAUUUUAUAUAUUUUGACAUGUCAUGUUAAUAGUUGUUUUAACGGUGAUAAAGCUUUAACAUUUUGAAUCUCCAUGUCUGCUGUUGUUAAAUAAUUGUCUGGCCUCCCCACCCAGUGUCUGGCAUAAUAUUUCCCACAACUGUAAAAAUUUAACUGCUAAAAAUAAUUUUAAAAAAGCUUAAAACACAAUAUUUUGUGCAACUGUGAAAAUGUAAAUAAAAAUGCUUAAAAUAAACAUUGAAAUUA